CAUCGCUUGGCUUCCACUCUCAAUAAUUCUUGCAACUUGCAACCCUGCGAUCACAAACCCCCGUCAUUCUAUCCUUUCGCCAUUUUCUAGAGUAUUGAUCAGGAUGGUGUCACCUGCAGUUGAAGUUAAGAGCCCAGCGGAAUGGAGUUCCCUACUGGAUGCCACGAAAAUCGUUGUGGCACAAUUUUACUCGCCUAGUAACACGGCCUCACUGGAAGCGAUCCACAUUCUCGAACACCACUCUCAAGGCAUCGAAGGACGCGGCACGGUCUUAGAGCUCGCAAAGGUCAACGUGGACGAGUUGAAGGCGAUUAAGAAUGCCUACAGCAUCACGACCCUCCCGACGACUAUGCUCUUCCAGAACGGCAAGGAAAUCGACAAGGUUGCUGGUGACAAUCCUAGGAGGCUAGCGCAACUGGUUGAAAAACUCAAACGCGCAGUUGACUCGGCAAAGACUGAACAGGCAAGCGGGAGCUCCAGCAGCUGGAAGGGUGCCGCACUUCCCCGCGGGUACGUGGAUGUCACCGAUCAGGUUGAGCUCAACCGGUCUGAGCUUUUGAAUGUCGACACAGAGACCGGUGGCGUCCGAGUGCUUUUUUCGACCGAAAAGCCAAGUGCCUUGUCUGGAGGCAAAGGUACCGCGAAGGAUUGGGUUGAAAGUGACACCGACGACCAACUGCUGCUUUUCAUGCCCUUUCAGUCUAUGCUCAAAUUGCAUACUCUCCAGAUUACCUCCUUGCCUCCCACUGAUGACGACGACGACGAAUUGCCCACGAGGCCGAAGACGAUCAAGCUUUUUGUUAACAAGCCACACAAUCUCGGGUUUGACGAGGCAGAAGAUCUUCAAGCCACGCAAGAUAUCGAGCUGUCAGAGAGUGACUGGAACAAGGAAGGAACUGCUAGCGUUCCUCUGCGUUACGUCCGGUUCCAGAACAUCAACAGCUUGGUUUUGUUUGUUGCUAAUGGGGACGGGGAUAGCGAGAAGGUCAGGAUUGAUAGGCUGAGGCUCAUUGGAGAGUCAGGAGCAACCAGGGAUAUGGGCAAACUGGAGAAGAUCGGUGAUCUCCCGGGCGAGUAGAAGAGGAAGAGGAGUGUUGGUGUCGAGCUUCAGGCAUUGCGCAUUCAGAUACCACUAAUAUCAGGCAGCAGGCGUUUUGAUGGUGCCAUAGGGAGCAAAGGUGCGCAUUGCAAACCAACCAAUCCCCAUAUCCAAAGUAUGAGUGCGUUCUUGAGAGAUCUAUACAUUAUCAAGAUGCUAGAGGCAGUCUUGCAGCUGGUCCUUGUACGCACAGCACCACGACCGAAGGGACGGGUAUUCAAACAUCACGUCGGUGAAGGAUAUGUGUAAAUUUACACAGUCGCGUUGA